AUGGCAUCCUCGUCGAACGUAAGCGGUAAUUUAGUGGAUGAACUUGAGGAAGCGUUUCAGUCAUGCAUACAUGCCCUGACAAAGGAGGAAUCGGCUACCGGAAUCGAUAAGGACGAAAUUAAGGUGGAGGUUGAUCAAACGACACUAAAGUUCAUCGAUCUAGCCCGGCAGAUGGAAGCGUUUUUUCUGCAGAAACGUUUUCUGCUGUCCGCACUCAAGCCGGAUCUGCUGCUGAAGGAGGAAAACUUUGAUCUGAAGCAAGAAAUAGGCCGCAAAGAUGAACUGAUACGUAAGCAUUAUGAAAAGAUCGAGUCUUGGAAACAGUUGCUCUCGGAUCAACAGAACUUCAACAAACCGAUUCAAUCGAUGCCUCCGGAUAUGCGUGGCAACCUUGCGGGUGGAGCACCGGGCGCUCCGGCCGGACUAAUGGCUAGCGGUGGCAUGAAUCUGCCAAUGCAGGUGAGCAAAACAAUGCAAAAUCAGCACCAGCAGCAGAUGCAACAAAUGCAAGUACAGCAGCAACAGAUGCAACAGCAAAUGCAGCAAUCCAUGCCAAUGGGAGCAACAAAUGCUCAGCUCUUUCAGCAAGGUGGUAUGCCUCGCGGUGUGGGACAAUCGGGUUCGGGUGCUGGAUUUCCGCAGGGUGCCGGCCCAAACCUGCAGGGACCGUUAGCAUAUUUGGAGAAAACGGCCAGCAAUAUAGAUCUAGUGGGCCUUGGAGAUGGUCGAAGGUGA